AUGGAUCCCCGCAGCCACCAACGCGGAAAUGGACCAUCUACUACCGAUGCCCAGCCGCCGCCUCUCCGGCGGCGACUAUCGAUGGAGGAGGAUUACUUCUACCAGGAAGUCAUGACUUCCCCUUUCCGACGACCUUCACAACCGCCCCCCUACGAGCGGGACGCCAAACCAAAACGACCGUUGGCCGGCAGAGACGACGUCCAGCAUGGAAUGGAGGAAGGUCUGCCAGGCUAUUCGUGCGACAUCGAGCUGGAGGGCGUAUGGGUGAAGAAGAUGGAGAUUGAGAACACCACAAAAAGGGCCGAGGAUCGGAACUGGCACACAGCCUUUGUGCAACUACGGGGUACCGCCUUGAACUUCUACAACGUGAAGAAGGACUGGGGAUGGGGUAGGACAAGGGACGGACCGACCAUCUCCCCAGACAACCCGCCCUGGGUGCGGAAAGCCUCUCUCGACAAAGCAUACAGUCUCCAGCAUGCAGACGUCGGAAUUGCUGCCGACUACAAGAAGAGGCGAUAUGUCAUCCGUGUCAGAGCAGAGACGGACCAGUUUCUCCUCUCAUGCAUUGAGCUGAGCACCAUGGUGAAGUGGUUGGAAGCCCUCUUCGCCGCCAUCGAUGUCGCCGCCCCGAUCGACGACCGUGACUACCCUCGCGAUCAGAGCAUCCCCCGCAUUCAACGCAUCCGCUGGUUUCGCGGCCAGACGCCAGCGCAGACGAACAAUUAUCCCGUACCGACGCCACGCCCACUGAGUCCCGAGCUUCGCCGCGUGACUUCUGUCGAAGUUUCCGAACCUUUCCCUUCAUCAUCAGUGAUGGAGGCCAUCUUGGACGAACCCGUCAUCGAUGAGAGCCCCAUUGGCGAGGGCGGAACUGCUGUCGUCGACACCGAUUCCAUCUACGGUCCGGGGCCCGCUCGGAACGAGCAAAUCAGCAGCCGCUUAUCGACGACGUCGUAUCCCAAUGAGGCCAUCGACCCAGACACAGGCAAAUGGGCACCCGAGCACCAAUGGACAGCUGCCCAUGACUUGUUGUAUGCCAAGCUUUGCUACUCGGUUCUCUUGUUCAAGAGCCCACGGAAGUCCAACUACAUAAUCAGCAAGGGAAAGCAAUGGUUCGUGGACUGGGCGACGGGCCGCAUGGUCCGGGUCCUGCCGCCGGCAUACGGCGAGAUCGACUUCUUUGGCCCUUGGCAAGUCAUCCACACGGAAAACAGGAGGAUUUAA